UAUUAGUAUUAUGUAGCUCCCAUUCAUACGAGCUUUAUAAAAGUAUUUGGAGUUUUAUUACUACGAAAUUGGCCGAUAUGAAAACUAAUUUAAAAAGAAUUGUCUGUGACUAUGAUAAUGAUUUUAUUAGAGCUACGAGAGAUUAUUUUGAAGAUAUUGAUGUAAGAGGCUCAUGGUACCAUUUUAUUAAUUUAUGGACCCGCAAAUGGAGAAGCUUAGGCCUUGCAACGGAUGUGGUUCAUUCUAUUCUACAAAUAACUUGGUGCCUUCCUUUAUUUCCAGUAGAAAAAUUUCCUGAAAUGAUUAAUAUGAUGAAAUAUUAUGCACGAGCUGAUGAAGACAAUUCAGCAACUUUAAAUACAUUUGUAACUAGCAUAGAAUUAUGGUGUCUACCAUUAGCUAAAAUGAUAUCAUUAUUCGAUUGUAAAUCAGAUAAUGACAUUAAUCUAACCGAAGACUUUGUAAGAAAAAUUGGAAAUCAUCUUGGGGUUGAGCCGAAAUUACAUCGCUACUUAGGAAAUAUUGCUCGAGUCUUAGAAAAUUCGACCAAGGAGUUUAAAUCUAAAAGAAAUGCAGAAAUUGAAAGAAAAGCGUUUCAGAUUAAAAUUAAUGCUUCUAUUCGAUCACUUCAGUACACUUUAAAAAAAGAAAAAAUUACAAGCGAUGAAUUUGUAACUAAGAUAUUGAAUGACAUGAGUUUUUUUUAUGAAGUCCAUCACCAACUUUCAUAUCAUCAGUAUAACGGAGACCAGUUAAGGUUGCAAUACGUUCCAGACAUACAAUUCUUCACUAACAAUUCUUCUCUAGCAGAAAAUAUUAAUGAGAAUGAUUCGGAAAAUGAUGAUAAUGAAGAACGGCAACGAUUCGAAAGUGAAAAUGAAUCUACUAUUGAAACGGAUGAACUAUCUACUGAUUAA